UAUGUAUACUUAGUGUUUUAACUACAUCGUUAUGCCUUGGAAUAGUUUCUUUACUGGACUUGUGUUUCAUGCUCUGUUCGUUUCUUUUGUCUGAGUGUGUUUUUCCUUAGUUUGGAGAAGAUCUUGUGGUCUAUGGCAUUCACCUGGGAUUCUUCUUCCGCAUCUAUUACAAUUAUUUGAAAGCUUGAUCUUUUCAUUGUAUCCCAGAUUUCUUGGUGUAUUCCUUUCCUGUGAGUUAAAAAAUUCAUACUCUUUGCUUUUUGGGGGGUUUAGAGUCCCUACUUUGUCUUCCAGUCCCGAUCUUCUGUCCUCUGUUUGAUUCAUUUCUACUUGUUAGGCUUUCCUUUGAGUUUUCCAGUUAUGUUAUUGAAAUUUCAGUUUAUCUUCACUUCAGUUUGAGGGACCUACAAUGUUUUUGUGUCCUUAUUGAAUCCAGUUUUCUUUCUGGUUCUGGCAUUUAAUUACUGAGUAUUGAGUAUUAUAACUAUGUUUUGCCUUGUACUGAAAUGCCAGCUAUUGGUAGUUUCCCCUUUUUGGACUCCUUCCAGAUAUCCCCUACCUCUUUGCUCUUUCCCAGAACCACUCCCUCUUCAUUUCAUCUUCAGAAAGGAGCAGGCCUCCAAGAGGUAACAGUCAAACAGGACAAGACAGGAUUAAAAAAGACAAGAUGAAAGCCCUCGUAUAGAGGCUGGACAAGGAAACAAUAGGAAGAAAAGAGUUCCAAGCAUAGGCAAAAGAGUCAGAGACACACCUGCUCCCAUUGUUAGGAGUCCCACAAACCCAUGAAGCUAACAGCCAUAACAUAUAUGCAGAGAACCUGCUGCAGACCCAUGAAGGCCCCAUGCUUGCUGUUUCAGUCUCUGUGAGUUUAUGUGAAUCUUACUUAGUUGGGUCAUGUUCUCCUGGUGUCCUCUGUCCCCUCUGACUUCCACAAUCUUUCCUCUCCCUUUUCUACUGGGUUCCCAGAUCUCCUAUGGGAGGGACCCGAUGGAGACCUCCAAUUUAGACUCUUUCUGAAUAAUGUCUGGUCCUGGGUCUCUGCACCCGCUUACAUCUGCUGCCAGAGGAAGCCUCGCUGAGAAUGACUGAGGAAAAGGAAUUGGCAUAUAGAACACCCAUCCUUUCGAGAAGAGAGGUCACAGCAGUUGAGACGGGGAAAUUUCAAGACAGUGGAAGCAGCUGACUCUCUCUCUAAAGCAUGGCUCAAGUGUGGAGAAGGAUUUCAGGACACCUCUGAGAUCCUGUCAUUAGCAAGUGAAAAGACAGGUAUUACUGAAAAGCACCUGGAAUUAUCUCCAAAACCAAAGACAGAAACUACAAGUAAGAAUGCUAGUGAGCUUCCAAAUAUAAUAUGGAGUUCCAGUGAAAGUGAUUUCUCCGAUGAAGAUAAGACACUUCCUGCAUUACAGAGAGAUGGUAGGCAUGGCCCUAGAGCCGACAGGCUUGGUGACAGGACUAUCUCAUGUCCCGAAGACGAAGACAUUGAAGAUGAAUUACAGGUUAUUGACUGGGAGGUUAACAGUGACAAAGAAGAUCCUGGUGGGCCUAGUGAGUGUGAAGAUGAUAAGGGUACCCUGGACAUCUCAGAUUGUGAUUCCUGUGCAAGUCUGACAAGUGAUGACAGGCUAUGUGAGCCUUCUGAGCCAAUUUCUACAGAAAUUUUGGAGUAUUCAUCAGAUAGUGAAAAAGAAGAAGACCCAGAACAUUCCCUGUUCAUUGAUUCAGAAUCCCCUCACAAAUACCAGGCGGAUUUUAAAUCUGAUGCAAGAUGGUGUUUGGUUAGUCAGACUGACUCAGAAGCAAAUUCAGCUGAGCCUACAUUGACACCCCAGAAAUAUACGGUCAAGUUUCCGAAGACUCCAGAAUAUUCAGUAACAAAGAAGAAGCUUUUAAGGGGCGGGCUAGCAGAAAGACUCCAAGAACUGCAGAAUCGAAAGAGAUCUGCCAUUUCUUUGUGGAGACAUCGAUGUGUUUCUUACCAAAUGACACCAUUAGGCAGAAAAUCUGGUGUAUUAACUGUGAAAAUUCUAGAACUGCAUGAGGAAUGCAGCAUGCAAGUUGCAGUAUGUGAGCAGUUAGCAGGGCCUCCAAUCACCAGCCCUCCCGGAGGACUAGCUCCUAGACCAGGAGCCUACCUGAAGGUACUCUUCACCAGAGAGACUGCAGACCACUUGAUGGGGCAUCCCCAGGACAUCAUUUACAUCUUCCCUCCUUGGCAAAAACUUCUUAUCCCAAAUGGAAGUUGCUCCAUUAUUCUGAAUACUUAUUUUUGUCAGAAAGCUAUUGCAAAAGAAACAGUGCGCGAAGACCUAUACAGUCCGGACAUAUCUCUUUCAAGGAGAAAUAUAACUUUGGCCCAGACAUUUAGAAUUAAGGACAUAACAGACAAUUCAUCCAUCAAUCAGACUACAUAUGAUAGCCUGGCCACCCCUGGCACAGGCUGGACCCACGGACAUGAGAAGGCAGAGCAACAUCUUAUAGUUGCUGCUCCCCUGAGGAAUUCUCUUCUGGACAUUGUGGAAAGCCAAAGAGCUGGCCUAUGGUCUGGAGUCAGGGUCCAAGUAGUAGUGCAGAGGGUGUACUCUCUUCUCAGCAGAGAUGGUGCCAGGAGCCAGCAAGGGCACACAGUGGGACAUGCAGAUGCCUCUGGAGCAUGGUCCUGCCUUCUAGUGCAGGAUGCCUGUGGCAUGUUCGGGGAAGUGUUCUUGAACAGCACCCUCUGGAAGAGCAGACAGUUAGAAGGGAAGUCCUGCAGCAUGUCGGGAGUGAAGGUUCUACAGAAAGCUACAAGAGGAAGGACACCAGGGCUCUUCAGUUUAAUUGACAGUUUGUGGCCCCCAGUGAUAUCUCUGACUGAGCCUUCCUGUGGCCAGCCCAGUGGAGAGACAAAGACUUAUCUGCCUCCUCCUAUCUUCUGUUAUAUCUUCUCUGCACAUCCAACACUGGGACAAAUUGAUGCAAUUGAAGACCACAUUUCCAAGCUUUACCAGCCUCCAGUUGUCCGCUGCUUAAAAGAAAUCCUCCAGACUAAUGAGUGCAGUACACGUUGCAGCUUCUAUGCCAGAGUGAUUUAUCAAAAACCACAGCUAAAGAAUCUUUUGGCGCAAAAGGAAAUCUGGCUGCUGGUGACUGACAUCACUCUGCAAACACAGGAUGAAAGGGACCACUCUCUUCCCAAAACCCUGCCUGUCUAUAUAGCCCCCUCGUGUGUGCUGGGCCCAGAGGUUGUAGAAGAACUUGCCUUGCUGGUGUCUUAUAACUUACUCUUCAGGGACGCUUUUAAGGACAACGGUCAGAUUGUUUGUAUUGAACGGACAGUCAUCCUACCCCAGAAACCUCUCUUGUGUGUACCUUCUGCUUCCUGUGACUUGCCCAGCCCAGUGACACUGGAUGAACUGAGUGCCCUCACACCUGUCAACUCCAUUUGCAGUGUGCAAGGUACUGUGGUUGAUGUAGAUGAGAGCACUGCUUUCUCGUGGCCUGUGUGUGACCGGUGUGGCAAUGGGAGACUGGAACAGAAGCCAGAAGAUGGAGGCACCUUCUCCUGUGGGGACUGUUCCCAACUGGUCCUGUCACCUCUUCAAGAGAGGCACCUGCAUGUCUUUCUGGACUGUCCCACGAGACCUGAGAGUACUGUGAAGGUCAAGCUAUUGGAGAGCAGUAUUUCUUUACUUCUGAUGUCUGCUGCCUCUGAGGAUGGGAGUUAUGAAGUGGAGAGCGUCCUUGGGAAGGAGAUGGGACCUUUACUCUGCUUUGUCCAGUCCAUCACUACACAGCAGAGCAGCUGUGUCGUCACCCUGGAAGAGAUUGAGCUGCUGAGUACAGAGGGAGCCACUGCUGCUCAGCCUCCUCCCUGACAUCUGUGCGCUUGGCAAGGGGCUGUGUGUUAACUCAGUGUUUCUGUUUUUAAAUUUAGUGGGUUUCUUUUCUUUCUUUUUUCUGGUAAAGAGAUUAAUAGGAUAGUUUUAAAUUAAAAAUCAAGAUACCUCUAAUACACAUUUUUUUAAACUUUACCUUCCUACAAGUUUGAUAACAUGUUUCUUUGAGUGUUUCUCAUGUCUUCUGUGUCUUCAUUUUGCAGCUACUUGGGCUUAGGAAAUGUGCUUUGUUGUAGCUUUAAAGUAGUUACAAUUUAUCAAUAUUAUAUAUGUUUUUUCUUUGCAGUAUCUAAUAUUCUCUGCUAGAUUGUUCUGUAAAGCUUCAGCCAGUAUCUCAUAUUGAAAUAUUACUGUUCUGUUACAAUAAAUAAAUGUCCAACCUAAA